GGAACGUUGGAGGCAUUGGAUUUGUCGUACACAUCUGUUGUCCAUCUUGUCGAUUCGCAUGAGAUCCUAUCACCUCGCCUGGCUAUCCUUCAACUCCGUUCUCUGCAUCAGAAAACCAUCAUCAUCAACUGCUAUUCUCCAACAUCAGCAGCUGAUGACUCGGGACUUGAUGCUUUUUAUGAGGAUUUGGAAGAAGUCAUCCGCAAAGUAAACCUUUUAUAA